GUAAUUACGCGCAUACAUCUCCGCACUGCUUUUGAACUCUGUUCUUACGUUGCUGUCUGCAAACCUUCCAUACCACGACUCGUUGCUUUCCAGAAGUGCAGACACGUGCUUAUCGAUUACAAUCGAUUGUGCCUUACCGCUCCAAAAACGACUAUCACGACUCUAUGAUUCAACGAACGACCUGAACGAAACAAAUCGCGCUGCUUCCAGACAAUUUCUCAACUAAUUACCAUCACACCCUUCACCAACCAGCAAUUGAUCAAACCCGCAACUCAUACAAAGCGCCAUAGUGCGCUCACAUAGCGCUAUCAACAUGUCUGUCGACAACCUGAGUGCGCCGGGCAGCAGUGUCUACGACUCCAGCACAAUGUUCGUUGGAGAUGGAACAUGGGAUUCAACCAAAAACACUUUCCUCCUUCCCAACCUGCAAGGGCUCAACUUUGCGACAAUGCAGUUGAACAGCAUGUCCAACCGCUUCUCCGAACUACCACAAUACCACCGCCUCAUCAUUGGCCACGGAGUCGUUGCUGCUCUGGUAUUCCUGUUGAUAGUUCCUUCAGCCAUCUUCGUCGCGCGUUUCUACUACCGCAAUCCUCGCCUUGCCCUCCGACUCCACAUCUACCUUCAAAUCCUGACCGUCGCUCUGGUCACUGUUGUUCUGAUCCUCGGUUGGUUUGCCGUGGGCCCUGAGCGAAGCUUGUCCAAUCCUCACCAUGGCAUUGGCGUUGCUCUGUAUACACUGGUGCUUGUUCAAUUCUUCGGAGGCGCCUUGAUCCAUCAAAUCGAGAAGGGCAAGUCACGGUGGAAGAUUCCUCUCAAGCUCAUGCUGCAUCAGUGGCUCGGCAGAGCCAUUGCUCUCCUCGGAAUAGCUCAGAUCCCUCUCGGCAUGACGUUAUACGGCUCUCCUAAAUACUUGUUCAUCCUCUACGCUUUAGCUGUGUUCGCCCUCAUCGUUUUGUAUUUCAUUCUCUGCUACAUCUACCGACCGUCUGCCGACUAUGAUGAUUACUCAAGUUACACCUCUGGACCGACGCGAACGGAAAUCACCGAUGAUCGCCGUACUGGUCGCACUCGACGAACUGUGAGUACUGGGAGCAACACUAGUCAUCACGGUUUGAGAAAUACGGCUUUCUUCGGUGCAGGUCUAGCUGGAUUAGCAGCGCUCCGUCGACGUUCACAAAGUAGAACUGCUCAACGUACCGAAAGGGCAAAGGUUCCCUCUCAUAGAUCAUACCCCUCUGGCUCCUAUGUCGAAGAAGAAAAAAUCAUCGAGACUCGACCCAAGGACAAUACUUGGAGGAACAGACUCCUGGGUGCUGGUGCUGGGUUAGGCGCAUAUGGAGGCUUAAAAAGAGCCUUUUCCCGCAAACGACCUAAUGAUGAAGAGAGCUAUGUCAGUUCCUCAUACGCUCCCACUGUUGGUGGAAAUGUCGUCAACCGGUCUGAGGUGAUAAGAGUCCAAGACGGAGAUGCACCUCUAUCACCCGAGCCUCGACGAUCUGCUAGAUCUGAUCGUAUCGCUGCGGUACCGGCAACACCUACUCAGCAACCACUUCGAUCACGCACAAGUCGCGACUCGUUCUCUUCAUACGACAGCCGAAGUUCCUUCGAGGACGAUCAUGCCGCUCGGCCAACCAAGUCUGCUGAACCUGGUAUACUUGGUGGCAUUGGUGCUCUUGGGCUGUUUGGCUACUUCAAGGAGAAGCGUAGGCAAACACGCGUUAAGAAGGAUGACGCCAGGAUCGAGGAGAUGCGUCAGCAAGAACAGCAUAACGCGGAACGUAUCAAUCGCGCUAAUAGUCGGCGCUAUACCGACCGACCCAGGCACAGAAGACCAAGCAUGACUGAGACCGAAGUCACACAUGAUCACGGCUUUACAGGAAGCAACCCCGAGCUCUCCCGGCACCACCUCCCUGCCGAACACGUGCCACCAUUACCUGCAUCAGCAGCUACUCUCCCAGGAAACCAGUACAGUACAACUCUGCUUCCGAACAACACGAACAACAAUGCACACGUACCUCUUAUGGCGGGUCCGGCAUAUCCGGUCCAGCCUGGACUUGUCUCGAUGCCUGAAGGCGCUGUCGUUCCGGAUGCUUCUCGCUUAGCGAGGUCCAACAACACUUCAAGAAUCCAUCUUCCAGUGGACACGACCGCAGCAGGUCUCGCAACCGCAGCUGUAGCACACUCACCCACGAGGUCUGACUAUCGCGACAGGCCAACUCGUCACCAAAACGCUACAUCGCAGAUUAGAGUCGCCAACAGCCCAACAAGUGUUGCUUCGCCGCCUGUCAGUGUCAAAGUCAAGAUGCACAACGACGGACGUCACGUCACACUUCGUCGACUGAAUGAGGACGAAGCCGCGGCAGAGCGCGAAGCUAGACGACGGGAACGACGCCAACGAAGGAGAAGAGCCGAAAGUCUGAGCUCCGGAGUGGAAGACGAAAGUGUCAGGUACAGACGUACUCAAGGCGUCGCACCUCAUAUGAACAAUGCAGCCAGACCACCAGUAUCGUCACAUCCAGAUGAGCUGAACCUGCCGCCCAUGCAGGGUCCACCACCGGUUCCUAUUCACAGCACGGGUAUGAGCCCUGUCAACAUGGUUCCCAGUGGCUUGACCAGCGGAGUCGGUAGCCCUGGAACGUUUGACACCGAGGGGACGGAUCUCAGUCACCACGACGCCAACAGAAAGAGACGGCGAGCAGAGAGAGCAUCGCAGAGAAGCGCUAAUCAAGGCGCGCGUGUGGAGUUUUCAUGAUCGUGACAAUGCCUCAUUGGCAAGCAUGGCGUGACCGACGUUGUUAACGACCGAUAUGGGUGAUGUUCAGCUAUCACAUUGCAUUUGCAGCAUGGCGUUUAAUGUCAAGAUUGCUUCAAGGAUGUUGACUGGGUUGUCAGCGGUGUAUCAAGAACAGUGUUGCAAAUACAUGUCCAUUUUCGUGAUGUUCGACCGUGAAUUUUUACAAGAUGCAACAUGCCGUAUGGAGAAACAGUCCCGAUAGCUAGAGUAGGAUUAGUUCAACAAUUGCAGUGUCUCUGAUGCCUGCUGGCGAGUCGUCAUACACCACUACAGAUCACAUGAUCGAAAUGUCAUGCGGGAAAGGUGUGCCAACCUCCAAUAAGGAUUCUCCCUCAUACUGCUUGAGAUGUGGCUUCGGAACAGACUCGCAAUUGGUGGUUAAAGCUGCAAGUUUUUCGCGUGGAAGGCUUCCGAUUCUGAAUUUCCG